UAAUUUCAUUACUCUAAUAAUUUACUAAUCAACUCCUAAUUAGGAAAACCUGUACACCACCUCGAAAAUUCCUAAUCUUAGCUUUACGCACACUCUUCCAAACACUUUGCAAGCCUAAAGGGAAACUUACUGAUUUCUUCUCUCCACCCUGGGACAUAGAAGGUGACGCAAAGCCACCGGGGGACUGAGUGUAGCCACCGACAGCCAUACUCGAGUCACUGUAUCCUCCUAAAAAUACAACAGAAAACAAGAACGUCAAACAUUGUGAUGUUUAUGUUUUGUCUAUGAAAGCGACAGGGCACACAUAUGGUCGGCUAGGCUCGCUAAUGACACCACUUAGCCAAAAAUGACAAGUGGACGGCUUCUGCUCGCGGCGUUUGGUGUAAACGUCCGGGCGUAACGCUCACCCUGGUUCCACAUUUUACUCGAAUUGGCGUGCUUAGAGUAGUUUUGAUUCGCGAGGGCUAGCUAAAAGCACUGCAAGUAAAUCAGCUUCUUCCUGUAGCGCUCUCCCGCGCGGACGACUCAACUUAACGCGCAUGCGUUGACUUCAAUUCCCGCUAAAGUGUGUAUGGUGUUUAAAGUGACGCUCUCAUUUUUGUAUGUCAGACCUUUUGAAGGCGAUGAAAACAGUAGCUAACCGCUAUGUUAGGAUAACCAUGAGUUUUAAAAAUAUAGAUUUAAUAAUGUACAUAUUUUUAUUGAUAGUAUGGAAUAUUAGAGGAGACUUUAAAAAUGCGCCUGACAGACAAAACUCAGGAUAUAAAAUUGACACCGUUAUGACUGUGUUGCCUUUAGAAAAUGAAACGGAAACUAAUUUUUAUAAUCACUCCAUAUGGAUGCUUUUAUAGGUCUCUAUCCUUUAUUUUAAACUAAAAUAUGUAUUUAGAAAGUUAAGAUCAGACCUGCAAUGUAGACUAUAAUGUAAACGCAAUGUAAGUGAAUAUUUAGUUAAAAGUAGUGUUCUCAACGAGAGGAAUUAACUGUGAAGGCAACACGAAAUUCAAUACUGUCAAAAGAAGUGUGUCUACUGUAUUUUUAGGAAGUCGUGACACUUCCAGUUUAUGUUUGAGACGCUUGACAAACACCACACGCUCGGCAAGUGACCUGGAACAGAGAUACAUUUGUAUGCUGGCUUCGCUUCAACAUGACUGCAGAGAGAUUGCUGCUGCGUUUCCUAUUUCUACAUGGGACCCUUGCACUUUCAGGGAACUUUUGGCACAUCACCGACCUGCACUGGGACCCAAGUUAUGAAGUGACAAAUGGCAAUAAACUCAUGUGUGAGUCCAAUAAUUCAAAACCGGUGUCCCAGGUGGGUCUAUUUGGAAGCUACGCAUGCGAUUCACCCUGGAAACUCAUCAACUCAUCCAUCGUUGCCAUGAGCGAAAUUCUCCCAAAUCCGGAUUUCAUCGUGUGGACAGGAGACGACACGCCACAUGUUCGCGACGAGAAACUGAGCGAAGAAAAGGUUCUCCGCAUUAUCGGCAACCUAACACAACUUAUUCAAAGUGUUUUCCCAAAUACCAAAGUGUACUCUGCCUUGGGUAACCAUGACUACCACCCCAAGAGCCAGCUUCCUGGUCACUCCAGUGACAUGUACAACAAAACGGCAAAGUUGUGGCAACGAUGGUUGAAGCAAAAGUCAAUGGAAACCUUCCAAAAAGGCGGGUACUACACGGAAAAGCUCCUAGAUCGUCCAGGUUUCAGGAUGCUGGUGCUAAAUACGAAUCUCUACUACAACCGCAACAACGCUACAGAGAAUGACAAGGAUCCAGCCGGCCAGUUUAAAUGGGCAGAGGAAAUCCUCACAAAGGCGGCCGAAGACAAAGAGAAGGUGUACAUCAUCGGUCACGUCCCUCCGGGGAUGUUCGAGAAGAAGCGGGGCCACUUUUGGUACAGGCCGCAGUUCAAUGAGCGCUACCUAGCACUCAUUCAGAAUCACCACGCCGUAAUCAAGGGACAGUUCUUUGGCCACCAUCACACCGACACUUUCCGCAUGUUCUACGACUCCAAAGGCGUUCCCAUCAGCACUAUGUUCAUCAGCCCGGGUGUGACACCGUGGGAGACAACACUCCCUGGCGUCAAGAACGGCGCUAACAAUCCCGGCAUUCGCAUUUUCGAAUAUGACACCGACACACUCCUGGUUCAAGACGUGGUGGCGUACUACCUGAAUCUGACACGUGCAAACACCAAACAGGACAACUGGGAGAAGGAGUACCGUCUGACCGAGAGCUUCCAGGUGAUGAAUGCCUCUCCGACGUCCAUGCACCAGGUCCUUGAAGGCAUCUCAAAGGACAACUGCCGCCUGCAGCAGUACUACCGUUUCAACUCGGUCAACUUUGACUUGAGCGAGUGCGACCGAAAAUGCCGGGCCUCUCACGUGUGCGCCGCACGUGAAGUCGAUUUCCAAAGGUAUGAAAACUGCGUAGCCAGAGAGGUGGCCCCAGCCAGUUUCGGAGGAUGGCUGCUGAGCAUCCUUAGCGUAGCCGUUAGCUUCUUGUUUGUUUUUGCUUAGCAAUAGUUAGCGAUUCAAAUAGGUUACAUUUUUUAGAGAAACAUUUGUUUUUAACCCUUACAUAUUCUGGGUCAAUUUUGAAGAAUCUAAUAAAUCUCCUUAACAAAUCAUGAAAUAUUUUCAAAAGGAUGUACCGAUUAACCAUUUCAACUUUUGAGAAUCCAUAACUUCAAGAGUAAGCGAUUAAUCAACAUUAUUCAGUAUAAAUUUGUCAGAUUUUCUGGAACUUCAGCAUAUCAACAGAAAAUACACUGCGAUUUCUGUUGUUUUCCAUGAAAGCAAAAUGAUUUCGACCGUCCAGAGGGAGGUCAAAUGUUGUCACCCUUUUUAUUGUUCUGCUCCUUGAUUAUUCAUGGACAAAUCAGAAAGAAAUUUGGGAGGUAUAUCACAGGGAUGUGUACGCAUCGAUCCUUGGAAACUGGUUGUGAUUUUUUUUCUGUCAGGGCUGAUUAAUUAUCGGUAGUCCCCGGGUUAAUAUGUACCUUUAGUUAAUUAGCCUAAUAAAGUCUGCUAGCUAUGUUACAAAUACAAUUCUCAUAGCAAAUCACACAUAAUUGCACAAACUAUAGCUUUAAACCUAAUUAUAAAUGCGUACGAAACAUAUUAGCUGAAACAACUUACAGCCUGGUGUGGGCCAAACCAAGUCGACAGUCCAGCCAGACUCAACGCUGCCACCAGAGGCCAGUGUAUCCUCUAUCAUUUAAAAAAUACUUUUGGACUUUUUGGAUAGUUAUUUUGAGAUUUUGUGGUACCUUAAGUGUUAAUUCUGACUAACAUGGAAAUUUGGGUUACAUCGCCAGUGUGAGAACGGAACUCGUUCGUAACCCGGGGACUACUUGUACUUUAAUCAAAUCCGGACUUAUUGUUGCCAGUAGGUUCCAAGUCAGCCAGUAGAGUGCAUGUGCGCUCUUCAGUUUUGCAAUAAUGAGUCACUAUGUAAGGGUUAAAUGCAAAUAGGUUAGGUUUAGUCUGCUACCAAUCACAGAUAUCUUGUUUCGAGUUAUUAGAACCAUUCAUGUAAUCGUAUUGCUUUUAAAUAAUAGAUGAACCCAUUUGUUUGUGUAUGCUUCUUAUUGUUGCAGAAAAAAUAAUAGUUGAUUUAUUUAUCUUAAUUGAUUUCACUUCCCCUCCCGAAAUAUUUUUGUUCAUUGAGUUGUGUUUUAUAGGUCAAAUUAAUAUUGAAAAAAAGGUUUUAAAAUAAUUUAACUUGUUUCACUUGUUUCUUAUUUACAUAUACAGUUGUAUGAAAACGUAUCUGAACCUUUUAGAAUUCCUCACAUUUCUGCAUAAAAUAACCAUCAAAUGUGAUCUGAUCCUUGUCAAAAUCACACAGAUGAAAAAACUGUCUGCUAUAACUAAAACCACCCUAAGAUUUAUAGGUUUUCAUAUUUUAAUUAAGAUAUUAUGUGAACAAUGACAGAAGGGGGAAAAAAUAAGUAGUUGAACCAUCACAUUUAAUAUUUUGUGCCCGCCCUCCCCUUGGCAGCAAUAACUUCAACCAGACGCUUCCUGUAGCUGCAGAUCAGUCUGGUACAUCGAUCUGGGCUAAUCUUGGCUCAUUAUUCUCUACAAAACUCCUGUAGUUCAGUCAGAUUCCUGAGAUGUCUGGCAUCAAUGGGUGUCUUUAGGUCAUGCCACAGCAUCUCAAUGGGGUUUAAGUCUGGAUUUUGACUUGGCCACUCCAGAAUAUAUAUUUUGUUCUUCUGAAACCAUUCUGAGGCUGAUUUACUUAUGUGUUUUUGAUCAUUGUCUUGUUGCAGCAUCCAUCCUUUUUUUAGCUUCAACUGUCUGACAGACGGCCUCAAGUUUUUCUGCAAAACAUCCUGAUAAACUUUUGAAUUCAUUCUUCCAUUAAUGGUUGCAAGUUGUCCAGGCCCUGAGGUAGCAAAGCAGCCCCAAAUCAUGAUGCUCCCUCCACCAUGCUUCACGUUGGGGGAUGAGGUGUUGAUGUUGGUGAGCUGUUCCAUUUUUCCUCCACACAUGACGUUGUGUGUUACUCCCAAACAAUUAAACUUUGGUUUCAUCAGUCCACAAAAUAUUUUGCCAAAUCUUCUGUGGAGUGUCCAAGUGCCUUUUUGCGAACAUUAAACGAGCAACAAUGUUUUUUUUAGAUAGUGGCUUCCUCCAUGGAGUCCUCCCAUGAACACCAUUCUUGGCCAUAAUUUUACAUAUAGUUGAUGUGUGCACAGAGAUACUUGACUGCGCCAGUGAUUUCUGUUAGUCUUUAGCAGACACUCUAAGGUUCCUUUUUACCUCUCUGAGUAUUCUGUGCUGAACUCUUGGCGUCAUCUUUGAUGGACACCCACUCCUUGGGAGAGAAGCAACAGGGCCAAACUUUCUCCAUUUGUAGACAACUUCUCUGACUGUUGAUUGAUGAACAUCCAGACUUUUAGAGAUGGUUUUGUAUCCUUUCCCAGCUUUAUACAAAUCAACAAUCCUUGAUCGCAGGUUUUCAGACAGGUCUUUUGACCGAGCCAUGAUGCACAUCAGACAAUGCUUCUCAUCAAAACAUUUCUUACCAGGUGUGUGUUUUAUAGUGGGCAGGCCAGCUUUAAACCACUCAUUUGUGAUUGGGCACACACCUGACUUAAAAUGUAUGGUACAAAUUGGUUUCAAUUGCUCUUUAGGCAGAGGUUUUACUUACUUAUUUUUCCCUCUUCUGUUAUUGUUUGCAUGCUAUCCCCAUUAUAAUAUGAAAACAUAAAUGUUUGGGUGGUUUCAGUGAAAGCAGACACUGCAUUUUCAUCUGUGUGAUUUUGACAAAGAUCACAUCACAUUUGAUGGUGAUUUUAUGCAGAAAUGUGAGAAAUUCCAAAAGAUUCAGAUACUUUUUCAUACCACUGUAUGUAUCACCAUAACUUAUUCCAACAUGGGGUGUGCAGACUUUUGAAAUCCCUUGUAUGAGCUCUUGGAAGUUUCAGCCUUAUCUAAAUAACAUAACAAGCAGGUUUGAUGAUGAUUUAAUCAUGUUGUAAACAUAAUCAAAGCUAAACAAACAAUAACCUUUGGCUUCACAGUGUAUAUCACCCAUGAUAAACCAUAUUAUUAUCAAUACUACCUUCAGUUUGCCGUUUAAUAAAGUCAAGAAACAAAAAGUUGUCACUCUAU